UCUUGCUCUCAUAAGCACUAGAACUUCAAUAUACCAGGAGUUCACAGCAAAGCAAGCAAAUGCAGUACUGCUCACUGCCUUUUCACCCUUUUCCAGCUGUCUUGCAGGCAGAUGGGCACCAGCUGAUUCUAGAGGAGAUACCAGACUGGAAUACUGUAGAACUCAUAGUAAAUGGGGAGACUGUAUUUCGCUGCAACAUCAGUGACCUGGAUUUUGGAGGUGAUGGCAAGUUGGAUCCACUCUGUGAAGAAGCCAGAAAAGCAGUGUUAAAUGCUUACUAGUUUAUAAGUUCACAUUCUCUUUUACCUUGUUUUUCUGUCAGGCAGUUUACUUGCAUUACAAAAAUCUUAGAAAUUUUAUGAUACAGUUGGCUCUUCAUGCUUCUGUCUCUCUUAAUGUGUCAUCCAGACAGGAAUAUACAGCCUUUUCCAGAACCAGUCAUGUGUUACCACCCUGAAUGUUACAAAUUCAAAUAGAACUGUGAUUAACAAGUAGUUCUAAUAGUUUGAUUUUAAUUAAAAGAAGAAUGAAAUUCC